AUGGACGAGGCCCCAUCUGUGAACAACUCUGAGAGCAGCCCCUGGGGGCUGAUUCAAAGCUCGGAGGUUCCAAGCAUCGGGGGUAGUGCACCUCCUUCGCCUGCUGGUGGGGCUGUCCAGGAUGGAGACGAGGAUAAUGAUUUGCAUUUAUUUAUGAAUAGUGGCAAUGACCUUACUGCUGCUGAUGAAUUUGAAGGCGAACCCGGAGGGGAAGCAGCUUGGUAUGGUUCUGUGAGGGAGCAGGUACCUGAAAUUAGUACUGGUGCAGAUGGCCCGUCGCAUUUAAGCCGUUCUUCUGGAAGCGCAGAGGAGGUCGGGCUAGGGCCUCCUUUGGAAGACGGCUCUUUUGCUAGGGCUGCAGCUGCUCAUGCUUUCAAGAAGCUUAGGUUGGAGAGGCCAAAACAAGCUUGGGAGAAUCAUCCGGUUUUUGCAAGGCCUUCAGCGAGAUCGGUUUUGAAGACUGGAUUUUUACUUGCUCCCUCAGUCGGGGUGCGCGAGACUUUGAAUCACCCCGAGCCACUGGAAACCUUUGGGGGCGAAGAAGCCUCCCAGAUUCCUUGGACGAUAGAGCGGCGAUUGAAGGGUGUGAGGAUUCAGCGAAGCGACGAAGAUGAGCGAAACCAUUCGCUCAAGAAGCUCAAGGCACUGGUGCUUCUUGAUCCGCUGGCUACGGCUUUGGGUAAGAGCCUUGUCAGGCAGACGGGAUCUUGGGAAACCGAGGAGAUUAUAGCAGCAAGCUUCAGCGACGCUUUUAGCAACAAAUCUUCGGGCACCCUUACAAAGAGGGCAGGAUCGCUGCAGAGGUUGGUAUUGCAAUUGUACAAGCAGGACGUCGCUUCUCCGUGGCGUAUGUCUGAGGCCGACUUGUAUGGCGCUCUUACAGUUUUAAGGGAAGAAGGUUGUGGGGCUACGGCUCCACUUGAAAGCUUGCACUUUUUGCAUUCGGUUGCUCGAUUUUUACACAUGGACCUGGAAGUGGUGCUUUCGUCUAGAUGCAGAGGAGUUGCCCACUCUUGCUACAUAUCGAAGGCGCCGCUUGUCCAGCGAGAUCCUUUGUCUUGUGAACAGGUGGAGAAGCUGGAACAAACAAUGGCACGAGCGGGUCCAGUGGUGCAGUGCAUUCUGGGUCAGAUCCUAUUUUGCACACAUGCUGUUUGCCGUUGGAAGGAUGCACAGCGCUUGAAGCUUUUAGAGCUCUUGGGAACUGGUGAAAGCCAGAUAAUUUUUGGGGAUGCUUUGGGCAGCAAGACGUCCCUGAACAAGGAGGCCAAGACGAGGUUUACUCCUUAUGCGGCUCUGGCUCAGGGGCUUACAGAAUGCUCUUGGGGUCGCUUGUGGAUUAAUGCUCGGAGGGAGUGUGGCAUAAAGUUCGGCGAAGGACCUGAUGGUUUUGCGCUUCCCACUUGGUCCCUUCGACUUGAUCAAUGGGGUUCCACCCCGAUGGGUGCUGCUGAGGCAACCUCCUGGCUUCUUGAGUUUUUGGGGGACAGUGGCACUGGUAGGCAGCUUGUGGGAUCUCAUUCUCUGAAGGUGCUGGCAAUCUACCGGUCGAUCAGGAGCGGCGCCUUCAAUCCUGAUCUGGAUCCUGCUAUGAGGGUUCUUCAGGUUGCCAAUGCCCUGAUUAGCAGCGAGGGCCGACCCGAGGAUGGGAACGCUGGUCAGGACGAGUUCAUUGCGGAGCCGAUGGACCGAGCAGACGGCGAGUCUGAUGGCUCGGCGUCGGAUGGCGCGGAGGUUGGGCCGCUAGAGCUUCCAGGACUUCCUGCAGUGAGGGCUCCUUUUGCUGAGGUCGAUGUCGCUAGAUGCAGGAUUCAUAAUGUUUCGGGGAUUGCACACUGCCUGCGAGAUGAAGACUAUUUUUAUUGUGGGCGCAUGUGCACCCCGUGCUACUCCAAGUAUUCAGGAGUGGGGGCAGAUGACCCGGACGUGUGCAUAGUGCUCACGAGUCAUGAACGAGUGAGCUGGAGGUGUCAGAAACAAUACAGCGCGGCGCCCUGGAGGUCUGGGAGAGGCCUCCGGAAGAUGGGCUGGUGA